AUGUUGGGAAACUGUUUCGGCAGUGAUGUUCUAAAGAAAACAACCGUUUACGAGUGGCAUGAACGCUUCAGAAGUGGUCGUGAAUCCGUCGAGGAUAACGAACGCAGUGGUAGGCCGUCGACAUCGAAAACCGACGAAAACAUCAAUAAAGUGAGAGAAAUGUUGGCCAAUAACCGCAAAUUAACUAUCAGAGAGCUGGCAGAGGACUUAAACAUUGCUUAUGGAUCCGUUCAGGACAUUGUAGUUAAUGAUUUGGGUUUGCGCCGUGUUGCUGCAAAGUUGGUCCCGAAGGAACUGAAUUUCAUGCAAAAAAGGGACCGCGUUGACAUCGCCAAAUACAUGAUUUCCAAGACUGAAUCCGACCCAACAUUUAUCAUUACUGGAGACGAGACGUGGGUUUAUGAGUAUGACACGCAAUCCAAACAUCAGGCGAGUGAAUGGAGAGCUCCAAAUGAGCCAAGACCAAAAAAACCACGUCGUUUUCAGUCGAAAAAGAAAGCGAUGCUCACGGUUUUCAUGAAUUACAACGGUAUUGUACAUCACGAAUUUUUGUCAGAAGAACAGUCCAACGAAGAUUCCAGUAAGGAAGGUCACUUGAAAGAACGCACCGCGAGAACCCCCGCAGUCGUUGAAAGGACUCAAGCGCUGAUUUCGGAUGACCCAGAGCAAUCGUUGCGCGUUCUGAUGGAUGUAGUGAAACCGUGGCUGGAAACUAUAGCGUCCGGAAAGCCAUAUCCUCCCAUCGGCUCAGAUUUAAAUCCCUUGGACUACUACGUAUGGAGCGUAGUUGAAAUAAUCACAAACAAGUCUCAGCAUGCCAAUAUGACGUUAUUAAGGCAUUUCACUAUUGAGGCAUUAUUCGUCGGUAUUACAGCGUGCGUGCGAACGCUUCAGGGAAUAAAAGCCAUCAUUCAAGCUAAUGGGGGAUAUAUCGAAUAA